ACUUUGUGCAUAAACCUCUUAUUUUCUAGCAUCUGAGCAUUUUUUCUUCUUGGAGUUUAAAUUGGAGGAACUAUGGAUAUGGCUCCCUUUUCCUAAGCUUGGUCUCUCUCUCUCUCUUAAAUCCGUAUCUUUCUUUUCAGUUCAUAGUAGGUGCAUUGCCUCCUCGCUGUCCCCUCUUAAAAUUUUGCCAGUUAUCUUCCCUGUACACCUCUCUCUCUCUCUCUCUCUCUCUCUUCGCUGUGCACACUGGUCUCUUUCUCUCUCUCACCUGUGUUUGUUCGGUGCUCAAACUUCUGUAUCUGCGAGUGUGUACUGUUUGCUCCUAACAACCUUUUGGCUAUCUAUCUCUACCACCUCUCUUUCCCCCUCUUAUACUCCAUUUAUAGACUAGUGUUCAUAUUCUCUCUCUUGCUCUGCCCCCAAUGUAAUCGCCAUUAUCGUUUAUCGGUAUUUGGAUGGAUUUCGGCACUAAUCGCGAUGGGUGAGGGUGAGAAAUGAAUGCGUUCACUCCUCUGCUUUAUAUUCACCAUCGGAAACACCUGAACAAUGGAUGCAAAUUAGGACAGUGCCGCAUAUAAACAUGGGCUCUCCGAUGGUGGUAGAUUUGAGCAGUGAUGAUGACAACGGUGAGGCAGAAGUCAAAGGAGUUAUUUUAGAGUUCCCAUCUGUGCUGAAAGCACCAGAUAACUCUCUAGCUGAAAAUGUUCAACAGGAAAAUGUUGAACAAGUUGGCAGAAAUGACCAUAAAGAGGAGAUCACUCCAGCCGGUCCACCAAAUUCUGAAGAAAUUAAUCAGAGUAACUUGGAGAAAAGAAAUCCAGCAUUGGACAUGAAUCUUAUUGCUUCUGGAUCCUCUCAAUCAAUUUGUCGACAGUUUUGGAAGGCAGGAGACUAUCCUGAGGGACCACCCACUAAAGAAGUUGUUAGAGAGAGCAUGGAUCAUUUACGUGUUCAUCCCAAAUUUCUUCAUUCCAAUGCUACUUCACAUAAGUGGGCGUUGGGUGCAAUAGCAGAACUGCUGGACAAUGCUGUCGAUGAGAUCAACAAUGGGGCUACUUUUGUAAACAUAGAUAAAGUGGUGAAUCCUCGAGAUGGCGCUGCUGCCUUGCUUAUUCAAGAUGAUGGAGGUGGAAUGGGUCCUGAGUGCAUGCGCCAGUGCAUGAGCUUGGGUUAUUCACAAAAACAAUCGACCUCUACAAUAGGACAGUAUGGAAAUGGUUUCAAAACGAGUACAAUGCGGCUUGGAGCCGAUGUAAUUGUUUUCUCUCGCUGGACAAACAAAAGGGUUCAAAACAUUAGAUGCUCAAGUCCCACGCUGGCUCUAAGGGCAUGCUCGCUCUCUUUGGAGUUUAAAACUGAAAGCAUUGGACUACUCUCAUACACUUUCUUAAAAGAAACCUGCCAAGACGAUAUUGUGGUACCUAUGGUGGACUAUGAGAUAUUGCCUUCCACUGGAGAGAGGAGAAAGCUACUCAGAUCCCGGCAAGAAGAUUGGUCAUUUAAUCUUUCCACAAUUUUAAAAUGGUCGCCUUAUUCAACAGAAGAAGAUUUGCUAAAACAAUUGGAUGAUGUAGGUCCUCAUGGCACAAAAAUCGUUGUUUACAACCUAUGGCUGAAUGAUGUGGGGGAAUUGGAGCUUGAUUUUGAUUCUGAUAAGGAGGAUAUUCGGAUACAUGGAGCUUCCAAAGUUGCAGAGUCUGGUACCUUACCUGACAAGCAAACUGAACAUGUUGCGAACCGCUUCCGUUAUUCUCUUCGGGUUUAUUCAUCUAUACUCUAUCAGCAUCUGCCGAACAGCUUCACAAUUUUAUUGCGAGGUCGAGCUGUAGAACAACAUAGAAUUGUUGAUGAUCUCAAAUUUCCACAAUAUAUAUUGUACAAACCACAAAGUGGCGGCAACAGGGAGGUUUCUGUCAUUACCACAAUAGGUUUCAUGAGGGAUGCUCCAAAAGUCAACAUUCAUGGUUUCAAUGUUUACCACAAGAACCGUCUUAUAUUGCCUUUCUGGAGAGUUGUGAAUGAGCAUGGUGGCAAUAAAGGGAGGGGUGUUGUUGGUGUACUGGAAGCAAAUUUUAUCAAACCUGCUCAUGAUAAGCAGGACUUUGAGAGGACCUCUGUGCUACAAAAACUCGAAACUCGCUUGAAGCAGAUGACAAUUGAAUAUUGGAAUUUACAUUGUGGGUUGAUUGGUUAUCAUCGUGUGCAAAAGUCUCGCUCAAAAAUGGUACAGUCCACCAGGACCAUAAUCGGAAGCCUUGAAUCUGUUACCAAUUGCACCUCCACUUUGCUGGAUACUGCUCCUUUGAGAUCAACCCAAGCACCUCCGGCCUCUCAAAGAAAUCAUAUUGUUAGUUCCCCAAGGGAGGAAAACAUAUGGGGUCUACAACAUGGUGUGGGACAACCUGUAGUUAUGGCAUGCGCUGCUCCCUCUGCCAGUAAUUGUACUGAUUCAAGAUUGAUCGCUAAGAGAAAAGUUGGGGAUGGUUUGGUGGGGCCCGAGUCUUCCAAACGACAGGCAGUUGAUGCUGGGGAUGAUGGUGGCAGUAGUAAUGAUCAUGACAUUGAGCUGUGCGAUGUAGCUGAAGAUCAAAUGCACUCUCAGGAGGUUCAAGAACUAAUGAAAGAAUCUAAGAAACUAAAGGCCUUGUGCUUGGAAUAUGAACAGCAGGGUGAAGAGCUAGAGCACACGGUGCAGCAGCUUGAGCAUGAGCUUCAAGAAGUUCAGCGUGAAUAUGCUAGACUACUGAUAGAAUCACAAUCCGUUAGCAUCGUGAAGGAGGAAAAAGAUUAAGAAGAAAAUGUGUUUUUUCAGUUGUUUGUAUUUGUUAUCAUUUUUUUUGACAAAUUCUGCAAAGGUAUGGUCCUAUUCAAAUAGUUAGCAACUCCAUUUUGGCAGUUAUAGCUGUUAAUUUCAUUUUGGAAUCUCUCUCUCCCAUUUUGGCAGUUACAGCUGUUGAUUUCAUAAAUUAUGGAAUCUCUCUCUCCUAUUUUGGCAGUUAUAGCUGUUAAUUUCA